AUGAUGUGGCCCAACUUCUUCUUGCAAGAGGAGGACCGGCGGCGCGGGGCGGCGGGCCGGCGGCAGGCCCGUGGGCAGCAGGGUGCCAAGAUGACCCCAGAGCAUGAGGGGAAGAUCAAGCUGGCACUACUGCUGGCCACCGUGGGCGUCACACUGGCCGUGCUGGCUGUGGGCACUGAGUUCUGGGUGGAACUCAACACCUACAAGGCCAAUGACAGUGCCAUCUGUGACGCCGCCCACCUGGGGCUGUGGAAGGUGUGCACCAAGCACCUGUGGCAGGCCGACGUGCCCCCGGGCAGGGACACCUGCGGCCCCGUGGAGCUGCCUGGAGAAGCAAACUGCACCUACUUUAAAUUCUUUACAACGGGCCAGAAUGCACACAUCUUCCAGAGAACCACAAAGAAAGAGGUUAAUCUGGCAGCUGCAGUGAUAGCAGUGCUGGGCCUGACAAUCAUGGCCCUGGGGUACCUCUGUAUCAUCAUGGUGCUCAGCAAAGGUGCAGAGUUCCUGCUCCGAGUUGGAGCCAUCUGUUUUGGCCUCUCAGGCCUCCUACUUCUGGUGAGCGUGGAGGUGUUCCGGCAUUCCGUGCAAGCCCUGCUCGAGAGAGUCAGCUCUGACCCUCCGCCGGCCCCGGCCCUGGCCUACGAAUACUCCUGGUCUCUGGACUGCGGAGUGGCAGCCGGCCUGAUCCUGAUGUUGGGGGGCGGCUGCUUCCUGCUGCUCACCCUGCCUUCCUGGCCCUGGGGGGGCCUCUGUCCCAAGCAGGGGCGCAGGGGCACCUAG